ACUUAUUUAUUAUUGUUAAACCAACUGCCACCGGAUGUCGCUCCACCUAGCAGCUCUUUUAAUAGUUCUUAUCAGCCAUGCGGCGUUUUCCACGGAUUAUUGCAACAAGGAUCUGUGCCACUCGCAGAUAACGCAUAUCGGGUGUCACAAUUAUGGAGAUUUUGACGAGAGCUGUGGAGAUGGGGCGGUUAUCAUGAAGUUCCCGAUGAUCCUCCGCUCCCAAUUGCUGGCCACCUUGAAUGAUUUUCGUAAUAUUUUGGCUUUGGGUCAGUUUCCCUCGUUUCGUCCUGCUGCCAGGAUGGCGACCCUCCGGUGGCACGAUGAACUGGCCGGAUUGGCCAAGUUUGCCUUGAGGCGAUGUGACAAUAUGGAUGAGUACUGCAGCAAUACGGAUGAGUUCAAGUAUGUUUCCUAUAUUUAUGGAAGCACCAGAUGGGUUCAUAAGGAGAAGUCUGCAAGAUCUGUGAUGGAAUUCGUGCUGGAGUUUUGGAUGAAGGAUAUGAAGGGCUGUAAUAUGGGUCACAUAAAUGCUGAAAGGCCUCCGAAAGAUGGGAAAUGUCGUGGCUAUUUUACCCAACUUGCCCAGGAUCUGGCUGCCCAUGUUGGAUGUGCCAUGAUUAUGCGAAGGAGUCACAGCACCAAAAUGUAUCAGUAUGGAGUUCUGUGCCAGUUCUCCCGGGGAAAGAUCGCCAACGAGCUGAUUUACCGGGAGAGUCCGCAUCCAGGCAGUCGCUGCUAUUCCGGAACCCACUCCUCGUAUCAGGGUCUCUGCUCCCCCGAGGAGCAUGUCAAUGCCAAUGCAUUGCAAUUGGGUUCACUUAAUUAGAUUGGUUAUACCUAGAAGUUAAAGUAGAUUAAAGCUGUAGUUAAAACAUUA